AUGGCGAGAACAAAGCAAACUGCAAGGAAAUCAACAGGAGGAAAGGCCCCUAGGAAGCAGCUUGCUUCUAAGGCAGCAAGAAAGAGCGCUCCAGUUGCUGGAGGCAUCAAGAAGCCUCAUAGAUAUAGGCCUGGAACAGUAGCUCUUAGAGAGAUCCGAAGAUAUCAGAAGAGCACUGAUCUCCUGAUUAGAAAGCUGCCUUUUCAGCGACUUGUCAGGGAGAUUGCUCAAGACUUCAAGACAGACUUGCGUUUUCAGUCCUCGGCUGUCUUAGCUCUUCAAGAAGCAGCAGAAGCUUACCUUGUAGGCCUCUUUGAAGACACUAACCUCUGUGCAAUUCAUGCUAAGAGGGUGACAAUCAUGCCUAAGGAUAUUCAGCUUGCAAGACGUAUUAGAGGAGAGCGUUCAUAA